UAUCAUAUCGGCCGAUUAUCGCAAGGUUCUGCUGCUUUACAUACAUAUAUUGGCAAUCUUCUAGAGAUAUAAAGCUCAUUAAGGGACUACACAAUGAUAGUGUCGCGAUUGACGUAUCCGCUCAAUGUAGCGCUACAACAAAUUGGCCAACAAACUGCCCGCAGCAACAACAACAUUGUACGUCGUCAGAUGUCGGGAGUUCAGUUUCGCAGCGGUGCCCUUAAGCCAAAGCCAUCAGAGAUGCCUUUUGGCUUGUUCGCCAUCUUCUGUGCUGUGAUCCCGGGACUCUUUGUGGGCGCCACAAUUAGCAAAAAUGUGGCCAACUUUUUGGAGGAGAACGAUCUGUUUGUGCCCUCCGACGACGAUGAUGAUGAGGACUAAGACGGGAACGAUCAACGAUGGAGUAUGGAGUAUGUCCUAGUCACAACUGAGUGCGACAUCAGCUUGGAGUUUGCUCCUUUCUGUUAGCCGAAGCAAAGCCAAAAGUUUAUACUAUAUUAUAAAUCAAUCAAUCUGCUUUGUUAAAUUUACUGUUACUUUAAGUUCCAAGAAGUUUUUGUAUAUGCUGCAAUUUGUUCUCUCGAAUUGUACGGCUAUUUAUUGAAUUUUCCAUUAAAUAAUAUUUGCUCUUUGCAAUGACGAUUGUUAUAUAGCAAUAAAAUAAAUUCAUUGAAGCGAAA